UUUUUCCUUCCAUAAUUUUCCAAGCAUUAAGUUGCUAGAAACCAGAGAGAAAUAGAGAAUAUUAUUUCUCUUCUCUUCAAUUCUUAAAAGGUAUUUGUCACGUGAGGAGAAGCCAAGCAUGGCGUCUUGGACAUCAUCUGAGUUCCUUUAUGUAGAGAUAAAACCACCAGGUAUUCAUUUCCUAGAACGUUUUAAGCGUUCAGGCAAACUCUCUUUCAAGCAAUACCAAGGGCUGGUCUUUGGCUUGACCUUCAUCGCUUAUAUCGCCUUCCACGCAUCUCGAAAGCCCAACAGCAUCGUCAAAGGAACGCUCUCUAAAUCACCAACCGGACACUUCAAGACCACGGACCAAGGCGGAUGGGCUCCUUUCGAUGGUCCAGACGGAACAGCUCUUCUGGGACAAAUCGACUUGGCUUUCCUCUCCGUUUACGCGGUCGGCAUGUUUGUCGCUGGUCACUUGGGUGAUCGUUUGGACCUCAGGACGUUUCUAACAAUCGGUAUGGUCGGGACAGGAGUGUUCACCGCUCUUUUCGGUGUCGCUUUUUGGGCCAAUAUCCAUAGCUUUUACUAUUUCCUAGCCAUCCAGACAUUGGCUGGAUGGUUUCAGUCGAUUGGAUGGCCUUGCGUGGUUGCAGUUUUGGGGAACUGGUUCGAUAAGAAGAGGAGAGGGGUUAUCAUGGGUGUUUGGAGUGCUCACACAUCGAUAGGGAACAUCGUUGGGUCAUUAAUCGCCACAGGACUUUUGAAGUUCGGUUGGGGAUGGUCUUUUGUUGGUCCAGCCUUGCUCAUCACGUUUCUUGGCCUUGUGGUUUACCUCUUCUUACCUGUGAACCCUCCUGCUGUUGAAGCUGAGAGAGAUGGAACUGAAGUUGAUUCCACAAUGAGACUUGGUGACACCAUUACUGAAAGCUUCUUGAGCUCCAGGAUGAGUACUGGUUUCGAUAGAAGAGCAGUAGGGUUCUUAGCCGCUUGGAAGAUCCCUGGUGUUGCCAUUUUCGCCUUCUGUCUCUUCUUCACGAAACUUGUGUCUUACACUUUCCUUUAUUGGCUACCUUUCUAUGUAAGCCAGACCGAGAUAGGAGGAGAGCAUUUGUCACAAGAGACGUCUGGAAACUUGUCUACACUCUUUGAUGUUGGUGGCGUAGUUGGAGGAAUCUUAGCUGGAUACUUCUCUGAUCAACUUGAUGGGAGAGCAAUCACAGCUGGAGGAUUCAUCUACUUAACUAUCCCAGCUCUGUUCCUGUACAGAACCUACGGUCAUAUCUCAAUGACAAUCAACAUCAUCCUCAUGUUCACGGCUGGUGUGUUUGUUAAUGGACCAUAUGCUUUAAUCACAACCGCGGUUGCAGCUGAUCUUGGUACUCACAAAUCGCUUAAAGGAAAUGCGAGGGCUUUGGCUACAGUCACUGCUAUUAUAGAUGGAACAGGAUCUGUUGGUGCAGCUAUUGGACCUGUUCUUACCGGUUACAUCGCAGCCAUUAGUUGGGAUGCUGUGUUUUACAUGUUGAUGACCGCAGCUUUGAUCUCUGGAUUGCUUCUUACUAAGCUUAUUAUAACAGAAGUGAAAACUUUGUUGUAUGGAUCAUCUGAAGAGGAUGAAAUUGUUUCUGCUGCUUCUGAACCAAGACCUCCCAUUGAUGUCCUCAUAUGAUAUCAUCACUUGUUUUUGUGUGUGUGUGUUUUUUUUUGUUUAA